AUGUCUUUCCUUCAUGGUGUUUUGCAUAACAUUCAGCCUAAAUUAGGCCAGCAUAAAGACUCUUUAAAUAGCGCACUUAGCGAACUUAAAAGCACAAAACUUAAUGGUAUUACUAAAUACAAGGCGGCGAUAGCCGCGGUGGCCGGUGGUGUACGUGCAUAUAAUGUGAAUGUUAGCAAAUCAAAUGAUGCUGUGAAAAGUGUUGUUACUACAUUGCAGAAACAAGUCGACGAGAGCUUCAAAAAAGCGGUGAGUUUUAUAUUGAAUGAUAAUGUUGUUUCAGGUAAGAAGGUAGAGCCUACUGAAAAGGACGUCACGGAGGCCGAAAGGCAAAUUAAUGAGAAACUUCAACAAUGCAAGAAAAAUGCUGAGACAUUCACUAAUAACUUAGACACUGAAAACAGUAAUAUAAAGGAAUCAAUCAACGACCUAAAUGCUAAAUUGAAAGAUAAGCUUGAGAGCGUGCGUAAGACAGUGCAGUAUGAGAGUGGUAGACUAGAGACCAUGCGUGUCCAACAUAAUAGUGAAUUCGAAAAAACGAAAAGUAAAAUUAGUGAUGCUCUUAGUGCUCUUCAGACGUGUGUAAAUAAUAAAAUUAGUGAAGAUGUGAAAAAGCUUCUGGAUGAGUUAACGAGAAGGGUCCAAGAGAUUUUGAAGGAGCUUCAGAGAAUUAGUAAGGAUUUGUCACAACGCAUUAACGAGUUGCAGGAAUGGAUUAGAAAGGCGGACGGAAUUGUUGACGAAGCCAUACAGGGGGCGUCGAAAAUUGCGGAUAAAAAUCAUGUUGGAUGGCUGAUGGAGGAUGAGAUUAAAAGAAUUGCGGAAGAGAUAGGACCGUGGAGUACUUGGCUUGACGGUUAUAUUCCGCAGCUUACUAAGGCUGCGGAACAAGUUAAAACGGCCGUUCAGCAGAUAGAUGUGCAGCUUAAAACGGAUUUGGGGAGGAUGGAAUGGAAGAUUUAUGAACCCGUCAGUACUAUUAAAAGCAAUUCGGAAGGGUUUUUGAAUAAGUUUAGAGCGACAAAAGGAGCGCUUGACACUGCGAUUGGGAAGGUAUUUAGCGAUAUGGAGAAGUUUAAGGAGCUAAAUGAUAUCGAAGAUCUGGCAGGUAAAAUGGAAUUCCUGAAAUCGCUUAAUGGGGAACCAUUUGGCGCACUCAUUAAAUAUUUUAAGCAGCUGGAAGAUAAAGUUAUGACGCCCGUGAAGGAAGUUAUGGCAGAAAUUGGAAAGGGCAUUAGACUUAUUGGUAGUGUCCAGCCCAAAGAUUUGGAUAAAGCAUUUGCGAGUCUUAAAUUAAAUAUUAGAAAGCAACUCCAAGAGGUCCAGAAGGUUCUGAAUGCGGCAGUUCCAUCGCCCGAUAUCCAGGGCAUUGCGAUUGUCGGAGUUGAUAUGAAAAACGUUACUAAACUUGAUCUCGCAAGGUACACAAAACACAUUCAAACUGUGAUCUCCAGAUUAAAUGGGAGUACAGAAGUCAUUACCAAAGAUGACAUCCGGUCCCUUCUCACCCACCUGGGCAGCGUUGCUCAGGACGUAACCAAACACUCCGAGCAAGUCGUCACGGCAGUCAUGCAAAAGAUCAGGGAGAAAGUAAAGGAGGAGGUAAAGAGUGUGGCGGAGGCUAUUAAAGAAAAAUUAGAGAAGAUAAAAGAUUGUGUAGAUAGUGUAAAGGAGUUCGACGUUGAUUACGGUGGUAAGAAACCAAACAAUAACGCCAAGGGCCUCAAAAUGUUGGUGAACACUUUCGAAAAUACCAUUAAGAAUGCGAUUGAUGGUCUUGCGGCUAGUGUUGGUAGUACUUUUAAGAAAACGCAAGAGAAUAUUGGUCAAGAAAUCGACGUCGAAGGGACCUUGACAUCUUACAAAGCGCACAAAACCAGCACGCUCGCGCCGGCCGUCGAUGCAAUCAAAGGUGAAGCAAACGUACUAGAAAAGGAUUCGACAAAAGAGAAGCGCAAAAGAUGGUCCGCCGAUAUUACGUCCAACCUCAGUAAACUGAUUGACGCGUUCAAAAAGGUCGGCACGUCUCUCAACGAGAAAGUAAAACAGCUUCAUACAAUGAUCGGCAAGAAAGAACAAGGCGUCACAGUUAACGACGGAACGCUCCAAAAAAUUUACGACCAACUGGCGAAACUGCAAAACGAGAUGGACCAGGGUCCCAUAAAAAACGCAGAUUAUUUAAUUAAAUACAUCGAUCAUCACAGCAAAGACAUCGUCGACCAACUCACAAGACAUGUCAAACAAGAAGUCAACUCCGCCCAAGCCAAACUCACCACCCACGCGCGCAGGCAGUACGUCGAGGCCCUCAAGUUCGCGCUCCAGCAGUUCGCCGAAAAGGUGACGGGGGAGCUCAGUGAGUUGCCGGGGCUGAUUGAGAACGACAAGCACAUCGGCCUGAAAGGCUUCAUGGAGGCCUUCUACGGCGCUAACUCCGGCGACAAUAUUAACAAGCUUGAAAAUCCCGUCGAUCUCCGGACUGUCUGCCACAGCUUCGAGAAAUUCCUCGGGCCCCUCAACACAUAUAUCAUCAGGGAAAUAGAUCGUCUCAAAGAGGAGGAACACAAGAAAAAUCCUUCACUGCAGAAAUCCCAAGACCCAUAUAGCAAACAACUUAAUAAAGUUUACUCCUCACUUAGCACGCUAAUUACACAUAUUUACACAAAAAAUAAAUAUGAUAAUGAAUUGCCCACUAAGCUCGCUGAACUCACUGCCACACUCUCCGACCUGAAACUAGACGGCUUCCCCAACCCGGUCACAGUAAUGCUGGGCGGCAUCUCCGGUGGCUGUCGGCAGUUGGUCGAAGUGCUUGGCGACGUGUACAUCUCCAGGUACGACGGAGCUGCGCCCGUUACUUGGAAAGGCAAAAAAGCCGAUGAAAUAUCACAGGAAGGCAAAAAUUGUGGCAAAGUAUUCCUUACUUCCGUGAUGACGCUUUUCAAUGAAUUGUAUCACUUGUUCAAUGAGUGCACUACGAAGUGGCAAAAGUGUAGUAUACAAGGUGGCAAAAAUGGAGAUGACUUGAGAAAAUAUUUGGAAAGUGCAGGUUACAAAAUUGAUAAUCUUAAUAAGCAAUACAGUGCAUUACGUGUCACCGGAAAAUUGUUUGACGGCUUCAAUGCAUAUGGUGAAUUUAAUAAAGUCCCCAGUGAUUUUGAUUCUCUCGAUGACUGCGUUGAAUAUUUCAGAAAACAUGAUGGCCCAGUUGCCAAAUUAUUUGAUUACCUUCAUAAAUACUUCACUGUUUCACACAUAUCCAUUCCGUCCUCCAGGCAUCCCUCUUCCGUGUACGACAUGCUUCGUUGGCUGACCGGCCUCACUCACAAUCCCGUCUAUCCACAAUUAUCACUUACCGGUUUUAGUGACCUGUUCGAGAAGCCGGAGAAGAAACCCGGCGACAGCGAGGGAGACGAUAUCGCUUUUGAUGUCGAAGACCCCGACACCCUGGAAGCCUAUCCGGAGAACGUUACAGCCUCGCAACUAUCCGACUCCCUUGCGGAGGUAUGUCACUAUUCCUACGAUGUGCUGAUUUCCUUCUUAGGCUACGGGCACGCAGACGGAAUAUAUGCCGUCGACUUUAAUACGAACCCAGAUAAAUUUUCCUAUCCCUCCAACCCCGGCGCUUGCAUUCAGUUACUCGCAGAAAUACUAAAUAGACUGUUCCAUCAAUUACGCUUCUUGUUUGAGCAGUGUUGCAAUGGUACAAGUCAUGGCGGCUGGGCCGAAUGCCAUUACGGCCAGGGUGUUGGCGGGUCAGCAUGGAAGUGUAACCAGUAUCAAUGUCCUGACCAAAUGUGUGACCAAAUGGUUACCCAAAAGUGUAAGCAACACCCUAAGUGCGGUGUCAAGUCGCCUUUACAAUCGUUCCUUGAAGAUGGGUUACCAGGCUUUCUACCGCACCCAUAUAGCAAGUCAAAUUGCAAGGUUUCCUGUGAUGCUCCAAAUCACAGAGGUGUUCCGUGCAAAACGCCAAUGGGCUUCGCAGACAUCAGUGUUACAGCGUCACGUAUGAGUAAGGGUUCCCGACUCUACCGUACGCUUAAAAUUUUCUGCGGCACUUCGGCUUCGCCUCUCACUAAACUGUGCUCCAAAUUAACAUGUGUCUUGAGCAGGCCGCCUCAGACGCUUGACGACAUGUUCGGAUUUUACCAGAAAUUCCUCUCUGAGUGGGCCAGCAGUGGUCCGCACAGAAGAGAUGCUUUUGAGGACGCAGUAAAUAGAGCAAAUUUCGAGCGUCCUUAUAAGCACCUAAAUGUUUCCUCUAUAUUCCACAGUACUCACUCAGUAAAAUCGAAAACGCAUACAACCGGUGACCUCAUCAGUCUCGUUUGCGGCUCUAAAACGGCGGCCACGUGCGGUCUCUAUUUGAACUCCAUAAGCAAUGAUAUCAGCGGCACAUUCUCUAAGAAACAUGCGGGCAGAUACCUUUCGUGGAUCGUAUACAUUACGGAAACCUUUUAUGAUCUGCUUAAGAAAUUAUAUGACGACUGCAGCAAAACAUGUGGAGGUGAUAAGGCAAGAUGCCGUAUCGCAAAGUGUCCACAAAACUGCAAUUUUAAUGACAAAUCGUCAACCGCAAAUCACGAUCCCUCGUGUAAAUCCAUUAUACAGUGCAGCACUACAUCAUCGGUUUUAUGCAAAUAUGGAUUCAUGUUGCUGGACCGCAAGAAGCUGAAUGGCACAGACGAAGUUAGAUACAGGAGAACGUGCAAUGAUUUUUGCAACGUGCUGGAAAAAGUACUAGAUGCGGAAUCUGUUCUUGUCAAACUAUUCGACGCUAUCGAUGAAUUUUUGAAAGAAAUUAGAUUCCCUUUCAUGUCAUUAUUAUUAUCCCUCUGGUCGCUGUCGCUCCUGUACCUGCUGCACAUCGCCGUCGUCCGCCUCGACGUCCUCAGGAUACGCUCCCACCUGAGAUCACCCGCAAGCCACCGCAUCGCCGCGCAGUCGCUACUCGCCGCCGCACGCGUCAAGGCACUCAACAACGUCAAGUACUUCUCACCAUAA